AUGAGCUUGGGAGAAAUUGUCACCCUCAAUGUUGGUGGAAGAAAGUAUGUGUAAUUCGCUGCAAUUUUUUAUUUUAUUGUUGUUUUAAAAUAGGCAAAGAACCUUUGGUAAUGAUAAGGGUUGUUACUUUGCGUGUUGCUAUACGUCAAACUCCCUAUUUUGCUUUAGAAUGGUACUUUUAUGCGAUAGAGACGAAACAGUUUUUGUACAAACAAAAUUAACCAUGAAAUUAUCAGUAAUCAGUGGAAAUUGAGCUCGUUAAGCUUCAAGCUGGUAGACAAUUGGAAUUGUACAGAAAAAUAUGAAAUGUCUUUUUCAAAAUAAUUUCUCGAUUGAUAGGAGCUGAACUAAUUUAUGGAAGGUAAAGGUUACGUUCUAGGUUUUCCUAAUUAAUUUAUUUCCUACCAGAAAUUUGAAAUCAAACCAAUACUAGGCUAUUUUGUUUCCACGCUAACAGCCUGGAGUAUAAGACCUGAAUAAAGAUAAUUUUGAAUUAACACUUACAAUAUCAGCCAUCUUAUUAAUCCAAAGAACCUUUACUACUGUCUUCAGUUUACAUAUAUAAUUUUGGUGAAUCGACUCGUCGCUGAGUGAUUGUAAUUUGUAAUGAUUAUACUUUUUUUCAUAUUAAUUCUGAAACAUGUUGAACUUCUGCAGAUUCUCGACUUCUAAGCAGACACUGACGUGGAUUCCAGACUCAUUUUUCUCUAGGUAAUUGUUUAAUUUCAAUUAAUGGGAAGUGUACAGAGGUGCACGGCUACCAAAGACUUUGUUCUCUCUACAAAUGUUCGUAUUGACUUACUUACAUCAUAUUGAAAAGGUGAAUCCCAGCCAUAUGACCUGCUGAUAACUUUAUUUAUGACAGAAAUUGAUAGACUUGCUCUAAAAUGACAAGAAGUUCAAAAGCUUUCUUUUUUAGAAGCCUCAUUUAUACAACUACCACAUUUAGAUGACUACAUUUUAAGUCCAUGGUGGGAUGAUGGUCCUGCUAACUCUGCUACGUAGCUGUUUCCCUUCUUGGACCAUCCAUUUAUAGGGAAUUGGAAACUUGGAAGGUGUUUCUAAAAUUAACCAACAUGUCACAAUGGUUUAACUUUAAUGUUGGCUCUAUUACAGUGCCAUAAUUAUGUAAUGUCACAAGUAUGUUAAAAUAGAAGUAUAAAUGGAACUUUCUAUUCAUGACGAAUAUUCGUGACCACUCAUAAUAAAGAAUUAACAAUGAAUAAUAUCAGUUAUCACAAAACUGAAUUUGAAUUGUUGUUUGGUCAUUUUGUAAUAUUGUAAGCUGUUAGUUCCAGAUGUUGACCAUUCAUUAUUUUUCUUUUUAGUUUACUAAGUGGGCGAAUUUCAUCUCUAAGAGAUGAAACAGGAGCGGUAAGUGCUGUGGCCUUGCAAUUGUAAUUUCAACAAUCAAAAUCCUAAUCAUUGUGGAGAUGCCAACCAUACCAUUUGCUAGGACUCUGCUCAAUGUCAACCUGCAACAUAAAUAACUUUAAACAAUUGACUCACUGGGAAUGUGGUUUAUAAAUUUGGAACACAGUGCUCAGAUGACAGUGACUAUUUUUAUAUGUCCACAAACAAAACAGAUCAAAAUCAAAGAUAUAACUUUGCCAAUUGAUUGAAACUGACCAAUUGUAGCUGACAUACUUUAUGUGAGUCUUCUUACUUAUAACAUUUAGAAUAGACUCUCCUAUCAGUGCUCAGCAGUCACUCUUUAAACACUUGACUGGACCAUCAUAAUACCAAGUUAACUGUUACUCUCAGCUGAGUCUAAACCAUGUACUGUGCUACUAAACAAAUUGUCAGCUACAUUUCUCUUAUCAUAUGGUACUUGAAACUUCCCUUCACUCCACCAUUUGUCUUUCUGUCUUAUAGUGUUAUAGCUCAUGAAAGGUUCAUACUAAUUACUGUUACUCUUUCAAAAAUAGAUAUUUAUUGACAGAGAUCCAGAAGCCUUUGUUCCCAUAUUGAACUUUCUAAGAACCAAAGAACUUGAUGCAAGGUAUUGUAUUUUCAAUACAAUUUCAUUGAUUAUGUCCAUGUAAGAUCUGGGAAACAAACCCCAUUUGCACAAAAAAUAAUAAAAGAAAAAUGUAUCAAAUGUAGAAGAAGAAAGUAAGAAUUUUGGAAAGUUUUCUCAUGUUGAACCAUUUUUGUUUUUAUUUCAUGCUGUGAAAUAUCAGUAGUGGAUUUCAGAGUUGAAGCUCUGGGUUUAACUUUGUUCACGAUUUGCAGAUCUUCUUUGACAGAACUAGCUGAUUGUCUAAAAUAAUGGACUCUGCCAUUCUUGUUGAAAAUAAUUAAUAAAAAUUGUAGAAAGAAAUGGUUUAUAUUACUUGCAAAUUAACCUGUGAAGCAUUUAAAAACAAACAAAUAUAUUAAACUAAAUAUUUUUUGCUUUACAGAGGGUUAGACUUAAGGGUAAUCAAACAUGAAGCUGAGUUUUACGGGAUCACUCCUCUAGGUAAGAUUGAACAAAUUAAUGACAUUUCAACCAUAGACUGGGUUAAAUAAUUUGUUAAAACAUCAAACAAUGAGGUUAAUCAAUUAGACUUGAAAGGUAAAAAUUUAUCCUUGAUAUUAUUUAUGGUUUAUAUAUAUACCAAAUAGAAUUAAAAGAUUGUGUUCUUAGAAUGAUCUUAGGUGACCUGAGGUCGGCGGUCAAAGAAUCUGAGCUUUUAUCAAUAACAUAAACUUUCAUAAGUCAUGUAAAGAAAAGUUUAAUUAAAGUAGGUCACCCAUGGCAUCUAGGCUCUGCCAGAGCAUGGGCUUGAAUUGUAUGUUUUACACCAAGUGAUGCAAGAUACAACUUUUGAAUUCAUUUUCAUUUGGUUCAUUUGUUUUGCAGCCAAGAGGUUAGCCUUAUGUGAAGAGGUAUCCAAUUCCAAAUGUGGCAAUGUGUUGUUCCAUGGAUAUCUCAACACUCCAGGUAAUGGGAUUGUCAAUUAAUUCCCUGGGUGCCCACCAACAAAUAUCUGGCAUAUGGUCAAGCUAUAAACCAGAGAAAUUACUUGCUGACAAAUUGGUACAAUGAUAUAUGAUCUGGGAAUACAUAUUUUGGGAAUGUAUAAUAUCUGGUGUUCACAGUUCUCUGAGUUUGACAGUAGAUUUAUAACAGUGGGACUGUAAGCCAUUCUGAAAAUGAUAUGUAUUCUAAACCUUUUGUUUUUGUUGCAUGAAGUUUGCAAAGAAUUCCAGCUGGGUGGCUUCCACUAAUUUUUUGUUGUAAAAUUACAAAAAGUAAACUUUUUUAUGUUUAUUGCAUUUGCAAUAAUUUGCAAGGAGGUUGUUUGUAACAAGCACACUUGGUACACUGUAAGACACUGUGAGAGCAAAUUACAGGCAGUGUGUGAAUUAUGCUGCAUUUCCUUGUGCUAUAUUUGGUACUUCUUCAGUAUUUUUGCAGUGAAGGCCUCAUUACUGACAAUAGUAGGAAAGAUGGAGUACCAAUAACUUGGCAGAAAUAAAAAAAUACAAGCAUAUACUAAGAUAACACAUCAUGAAAAUAAGAGUUUAAAACAAGUGUUUCCAUGGCUAAUCAGGGGAAGGAUAAGCGUGAAGACUGCUGAAAUGAUGAGGUGUUGCUGUGACAUACUUGUGCAGUUCAGAUGAAAAGUGUUUUCACAUUUUAAACAAUAUACUUUUCAGAGUUUCCAGCUCCUCCUGUGUCAAGGCACUCAUCAUCAGCUGCCCUCACAAGGAGAAGCUCUACAUCAACUGUAAUAAGCACCUCUCGUUACGAACCUGACACUGCAAGCUACCGAGAUGUUGGUGUCAGAGAAGUUCCUGAUGAUAAUGAAGGUGCUGUUGUUAUGGGUGAGUGUCUUUUUAAAUAGGAAGGUUGUUACAACAGACUGCUGAUGAGCUUUGCCAGACAUUAUUGAAAUGAUGGCGUUAAUGAUUGUCAGUGUUUUGUUUUGCAAAGUCAUGUAUUUAUGAUUCCCUCCACAGAUGUAGACCCAAGGAAAGUGUUGAUGGUGAUAGGACACCACAGUUUUGUUGCUGUAGCUUUUGCACAUUCUGUUUUUUGUUACCGGUGAGUGGCCUGAAGGUUCCUUCUCAUGUUGUCAAAAGGCUGCUCUUUGCUUUACUAAUUGUGCCUCUGUUUUUUUGUUUCUUUGUUUUAGAUCCAAAGACUCGGUUGGCUGGGAGCUUAUUUUCUCUACUCCUUAUCUGCAUAACACUGUGGAAAGAAUGGCUUUGAAUGCAAAGGUGUCAUCCAGUUCUUUUGGAGACAAAAUGCUGGCAGUUUCAUCAGGUUGGUUUAUUAAAACUUUUUAAGGGUGUUGAGGAACACGUAAUCAACUCAAUAUUACCUCAAGAUAAAGGAAGAUUAACAUAUUUAUAACAAGCAGGGACAAAGAAAAACCUGAGUCUCCUGUGGGUUUCUAACCUCAGCUAAUUGUACUGGAUACUCUACCAACUGAGUUAAGUGUAAUAGGCACACUUUCAUGAGACCUCGCAGGUUUGAUGAGAGCGUAAGUGUUUUGAACUGACCUAGUAUUAAGUUGUAUAACUGGAACCAACUAACUUUGUUUUUCAGAGGGUAGAAUUCGGUUAUGGAGCUUUAACACAACUGACCACACUCAAGAUGUUGUGAAAUUUGAAAUUGGUGAGUUGUUCAUUGCAUCUUGUGGUUGCUUCUACAGUGCAUUUAUAUCAAUGAUAAGGUCUUUGUGGCUGUUCAUAAUAAGUGUGAUUGCUUUUUCCAGUCUGUGGCAGAGUCCAGCAUUUCAGAUUAAAAAAAAUUCCAUCUGUUAAAAGGUCAUCGUAAUAACAGCUAUAAUUGUUGUAUAUUUGACACUGGUUUAAGCAAUAUAAGAAAUAUGGUUUUGCUUUCUGUUGGGGACAGGGACCUUUGAUCUUGGUGUCACUGUAGAUGCUCUGUUUUUCAUUGGAAGCCAACUUGUAGCCACAAGCCACACAGGAAAAAUCGGGGUGUGGAAUUCAAUGACACAGCAUUGGCAGGUAUGAAACAAUAUAUGAUCAUAACAGGGUAAUUUAGUUGAUGACGUAAAUUGACCACCGUAAAGGGUUUAAAAGCUGACGUUUCGAGCGUAAGCAUUUCGUCAGAGCGAUUGGUGAAUUGGUUAUUGGCAAUCGCUGUGAUGAAGGGCUAACGCUCGAGAAGUCAGCUUUUUAACUCUUUACGGCGGCUACAUUAUCAACUCGAUUGAUGAUAGUAAAUUACCCAGUUAAACUAUCCCACUGACGCAGCACCACAGUUUCCAUAGAAACACACCCCCUUUAUUCAUAUGAUCAUGUCAGCUUCUUAGAUACUGUGAUACUACAUCCUACUCUGUAGUAGUAUUCCUGCAUCUUCUUGAACUCUGUUGUAACGUUUUCCUUACUGUCUUUGUUUAGAUCCAAGAAGUGACACCGAUUUCCAGCUAUGACACCGCUGGUUCCUUCCUUCUUCUUGGCUGUACAAAUGGCUCUAUUUAUUACAUUGGUACGUUGGGAGUUAUUUUCACUUGGUCGCAAGCACUUUUAUAACUCAAACUAAACUCUGACUCCGUCUUUAGAGGAACACAGCCAUAUAACACAGGAAAAACUACUGAUCAACAAUUUUUUUCCCGAAUUCGUUUACAAAUCCAACUCGGUAUUGAUCUCUUGAGUAAGCGAGUUCCCAACAUUAACCUCAUACAAGAAUAGGGGGCCAGAGAUGCGCGGAGCACAUGGUUGCAUCAAUUAACUCGUUUCGUUCUCCCUUAUCUUAGGCAAUAUAUUGUUUGCUUCACAGAUAUGCAAAAGUUUCCACUGAGAAUGAAGGAUAACGACCUUCUGGUUACAGAGCUGUAUAAAGAUCCUAAUGAAGACAUGGUGACUGCACUCAGUGUGUAUUUAACACCCAAGACAUGUAAGUGAACAUCCAUGAGAUUUGUCCUGGAACCUUGUGUCUGCAAAUAGAAAUAUAGGACAAAGUCCUGUAUUUUUUGGCUUUUUUUUUUAAAAAUUAACUCAAAAUAGUUGUUACCAACUGGAAAUCUUUGCUUCAUAUCGUUUGUGUGUCAGGUUUAAGUGGUAACUGGAUUGAGAUCGCAUACGGUACAAGCUCGGGAACGGUUCGAGUGAUCGUUCAACAUCCCGAGACAGUAGGCCACGGACCACAGCUCUUCCAGACAUUCAUGGUACAUCGGAACCCAGUUAUAAAAGUCAUGCUAAGUGAGAAAAACCUUGUCUCCAUUUGCUCCGAGUAUAACCACGUGCGCUCGUGGAACGUGACGCGUUUUCGGGGCAUGAUCUCCACGCAACCAGGUUCCACGCCCCUCGCAUCUUUUAACGUAGUUUCUCUCGAGGCGCAGGACGCUCAUCCAAGUUCCUUAGCUGGUAAUGGCAUCGGUGAGUGGGAAUCUCAUCACCUGAAUUUUCGUCUGCCAUGUUUUGGUGAAAGACAGUUUCUAAAGUCGGUUUUUUUUUUUCUCGCAAAAAUUGCAUUUUUUUUUCUCUUUUUUUGUUUCUAGGCCCCUUCGGCGAGCGUGAUGAUCAACAAGUGUUCAUUCAGAAGCUCGUACCUGACACCGAUCACGUGAUUGUGCGUUUCUCCUCCACAGGAAAAAGGUAACAAAUCUGAGUUGAAAUCUAUAAAUCAAUCUAAGCCCACCUCCUCCCUACUCAUGGUGCCAUAUCUAGCUACGCCAGAUUUGAAAUAUUAAACCAGGUGGUCUUUGUACUUUCAAGGAAUGAGCUUAGGUAAAGUGAUGUUGUCGCUUGAAGUUUCUUGUGUGAAAAAGAACAAUCAUUUGAAAAUUGCCUCGGAACACACGAUAUUAACAAGAGUAUCCAGGCUACUGGCUGAGUGGAAAAUAAAAACUUGAAAAAUGAAAAAUUGUAAUCCAGAGGUGAUUAGCGUCAAUCCAGGGUUAGCCAAACAUGCUCUCCCUUUUUUUUUGUGGCUAGAAGUUGAAAUUAGGAAUUUUACACUAACUCUGGUUUCGCUUACUCAAACAACCUGACCCAGAAUCGUCAACACUGGAUGGUACUGUCAGUUAAGAAACAACUAGGCUGAGAACUACAAGAUAAAAAUAGCGUACUUUGUAGAGGUUUUUUUUAUGCGGUUGUUUUUGUUUUACAGGGUCUGUACGAUACGUUCAGUGGACGGCAGUAACAUCACUUCAUAUUGUGUACAUGAAUGUGAUGCUUCUAGUCGAAUGGGAUCCAGACCCCGGCGGUUCCUGAUAACGGGACAUUCGAACGGAUGUAUACAAGUAAGAAAUUAUGAAAUAAAUGCAGAGUGAUUCUUCGCUGUGGUUAAAUGGGUUUGAAAUCAUAACAAAGGAUAUUUCAUCGGUUUAUCUCAAGGAAUAACGGAUAACGCAACAAGAGCUUAAACCAAGACAUGUUCGAACUUUUGACUUUGGCUUAGAGGAUGUUUUGAACAGGAACCAACUGCAGGGGAAUGGAGUGUUAAAGGGAAAAAAGGCUAAGAAGUUUUGACGCUCAGAAAAACGCUGAUGAAAUAUAGUAUCCAUGGAUCUUUUAGACAUUUAUUGUCAUAUUCAUUGUUUCUUACUUAAACCACUUUGCUUUGAGAAUAUUUCGAAUGGCCAGUUGCCUGACGUUACUGUGAAACCGGGUAAUCUUAGCUGAGAUUUACGGAAAUAUUCGAGGAAAUUAGAUUAAUACGAUCUAUUUUUGCGAUGAUUUAGAUGUGGGACUUGACAACUGCUUUAGAAAUUGCAACCAAGACCACAGGAGAAAACUCAGGUGAGCGAUUCUAAUAAGGGACCAGAAAAUCUUAGUUAAUAAAACUUUUUUUUGAGAAAAGCUUUGGUAUGAGGACACAAACUUAAGCCCUCUUAAGGGAUUCGAACAUAAAAUAUGCACUCACAGCUAGGAUAUAUUCAGAGUUGCCAAGUACCAUUUGUUCGCUCUACUGAACCGACAUAGAGCGUUAAAACUGCGCGUAACUUAUUUUGUUACAUUCGUUUUUCACAGCCGAACGCGACGAUAUUGGUAAUGUCACGCAAGGCGAACUGUUAAGAACAUUAGAGCAAUGUGACCUCAGUGCUUCACGCUGUACCACUCCCUCCAUGUCGCCUGCCACGUCACUGCUGCACACAAAUCUCACGGGCUCACGACUAAAGCUUUCUUACUCAUGGCCCAGUUUGGGCGAAGAUGACCGCGAAGAGGCUGGAGGCAGUGGUGGAAAGUCCAAGUACGGAAUUCUAGUGUCGCAAUGUUAA